AUGAAUACAACGACUGCCAAGAAGCCUUCCGGUUUAUCUGCUGGAUUAAGCCUCGACCCUUGGUCUGACGAAUUAAUGGCUAUCUGGGUCCCCAUUGCUGUCUACUGGAUUCAAUGCUCAAUCUUUGAAAUCUUGAUGAGACUUGAGAUCCCAUUUUUCGAGAAAUACCGCAUUCACUCACCAGAAGACAGAAAUAAGCGAAACAAGGUGGGCUUUGGUAAAGUGCUCUUGAUGGUAGCACUUCAACAUGUCGUUCAAAUUGUGCUCGGCAUCGCUCUGAUGAAGAACUUGGACCCUGCUGCUGAUCAAAUAAAAUACGAUAAUGCCAUCAAUAGAUAUUCCACCAUUGUUCUCAAUAUCAUGACAAAUCUCGGUCAACCUAAAGACUCUGCUUUCACCAUUGCAAACAACAUUGCUUAUUUCAUCCAAAACUAUAUGGUACCCUGUGUCCAAUUCUUCGUUGCCAUGGUUAUUGUAGACACUCAUCAAUACGUACUUCAUCGCCUGGCACACACAUUCACAUUCAUGUACAAGCACAUGCACUCGCAUCAUCAUCGCCUUUAUGUCCCUUAUGCUUUCGGCGCUUUGUACAAUCAUCCUUUGGAAGGCUUUUUGUUGGAUACAUGCGGUGCUGCUAUUGCAUUUGAAGUAACUGGCAUGUCUGCAAAGAUGGGCAUGUGGUUCUUUACCUUUUCCACCCUCAAAACAAUUGGUGAUCAUUGUGGCUAUGCUUUCCCCUGGGACCCACUUACCGUCUGUUUCGGCAACAAUGUCAAUUACCAUGAUAUCCAUCAUCAAGCUCAUGGCAUCAAGACCAACUUUGCUCAACCUUUCUUCACUUUCUGGGAUGUUCUUUUACAUACAGAAUACAAUCAAGUGAUGAAGGCCAAGGCUGAAGCAAAGGCUGCUAAGAACAAGGCCAUUUAA